UAACCACACGCGGCUCAAUCACGACAUUUAUUCGGCGUCCACUAUGCAUCAUCUCAACACUCUCGGUGUAAGGACGUCUAAACACAGUCGAGCGUACUGUAAAUACUGUAUGUGCAUCAUCCACUCUAGCCUACGGGAUUCUCUCCGCAAAUAACAUGGGUUAAGAGGAGGAUGUCUGGAUAAUUCAUUUCAACACUUUGCAAGGAUGGGGACUCGGAUAUUGUUUUUUAACAGAGGCAUUUUGACAAAGACGAAGAGAGAAGUCAAAGAAGGGCUUUAAUAUCAUCCUUCUACUCUUUCAUUUCCUUUCCUUCUUUUCUUUUUGAGAGAUGAUCGCAGAGUUGGUGUGCAGCGCCGUGGCACUGCUCCUGUAUGUCAACACACUGGACGCCGAUUUCUGCUACGAUGACAGCCGUGCUAUCAAGACCAACCAGGACCUUUUCCCUGAAACGCCUUGGAUCAACAUCUUCUACGAUGACUUCUGGGGGACACUUCUCACCCACAGCGGUAGCCACAAGUCCUACCGCCCACUCUGCACGCUCUCUUUUCGACUCAACUAUGCCCUGGGUGGCUUAGAUCCCUGGGGUUACCACCUGGUCAAUGUGGUUCUACACUGCACGACGACCGCCCUGUUCACUAGCCUCUCAAGCCUGCUGCUGGGGUCUGGUUGCUGGAGCCUGCUGGCCGGGCUUCUCUUUGCCUCUCAUCCCAUCCACACUGAGGCUGUGGCGGGCAUCGUGGGCCGGGCCGACGUGGGAGCCGCCCUCUUCUUUCUCCUGGCCAUAUGCUGCUACAUACGCCACUGCUCCCUGAGGACGAGCGGUGCACAUGGAUGGAGCUGGAUGUGGUUCUUAGGCACCUUGGCGUGUGCUUCCUGUAGCAUGCUGUGGAAGGAACAAGGCGUGACGGUGCUGGCCGUGGCUGGCAUGUACGACGUGUUUGUCUUCAACAGGUUGAAGCUGCAGCAGGUUCCCGCACUCUUCCAGAAGAAGAAGAACCUGCACCUGCUGUUGAGCGUUUUUCUGCUGGGCUUCUGGGGUGUCAUCCUUUUGGCUUGCCGUCUUUACUGGAUGGGAAACAAACCUCCGAACUUUUCCAACUCUGACAACCCUGCAGCGGACUGUCCUUGUUUCUUAACUAGGAUGCUAACAUUCUUUUUUCUCCCCGCAAUGAACAUUUGGCUCUUCCUGUGCCCUGACAUGCUAAGUUUUGAUUGGUCAAUGGAUGCUCUGCCUCUUGUGAGGAGCCUUGCAGAUUGGCGAAACCUCCACACCGUGGCCUUCUACACCUCGCUUCUAGCGCUGGCAUGGUUUGGGCUUUGCCAUUACCCAACCAAAAGCAAGGAGACCAAUGGGAAAGCACAUCAUGUAGCAAACGGGAAGUCCACAAAUGGACACAGUUGUAGCUCUGAUUAUGAACACUCAACUUUUUACUCAAACUCAGUGCAGAUGAAUGGAUCAAAUGGUACUGCAAAACACCAUUCAUCAUCUUUGCCCACCACAGAGAGUUUGGUGGUCUUCUCCUUGGGUCUGCUGGCCAUUCCCUUCAUCCCUGCCACCAACCUAUUCUUCUACGUAGGCUUUGUGGUGGCGGAGCGAGUACUGUACAUCCCUAGUAUGGGCUUCUGCCUGUUGGUAGCAGUGGGGAUGAGAGCUUUAUAUGUCAGAAUGAGGAAGAAGUCCUCCAAAACUUUGGUGCUAGGCUGCUCAACAGCCCUGGUCCUUCUUUUCGGGAUUAAGACGGUGCUGAGGAACCGUGACUGGCAGAAUGAGGAGAUGCUAUACAAGUCAGGGAUAUCUGUGAACCCUGCUAAAGCUUGGGGUAACUUGGGAAAUGUUCUCAAGAACCAGGGAAAGGUGGUGGAGGCCGAGCGAGCCUACAGGAACGCUCUGUACUACCGGAGGAACAUGGCUGACAUGUUGUAUAACCUGGGUCUGUUGCUCCAGGAAAACAACAGAUUCUCAGAGGCCCUCCACUACUAUAAGCUGGCCAUUGGGAGCAGGCCAACGCUGGCUUCUGCCUACUUGAACACAGGGAUUGUCCUGAUGAACCAGGGCCGUCUAGAAGAGGCCAAGCGCACUUUUGUCACUUGUGCCGAUAUCCCAGAUGAAAACCUGAAGGAUCCUCAUGCUCAUAAGAGCUCAGUCACCAGCUGCCUGUAUAACCUGGGAAAGCUUCUUCAUGAGCAGGGCCACCAGGAGGAGGCCAUAUCUGUAUAUAAAGAAGCGAUACAGAAGAUGCCCAGGCAGUUUGCCCCUCAGAGCCUUUAUAAUAUGAUGGGAGAAGCCUACAUGAGGCUGAACAAACUGACCGAGGCAGAACACUGGUAUAAGGAAUCCCUCCGAGCCAAACCAGACCAUAUACCUGCACACCUCACUUACGGCAAGCUCCUGGCAAUGACGGGUCAGAAAACGGAAGCGGAGAAGUUCUUUCUCAAGGCGAUCGAGCUCGAUCCCACUAAAGGGAACUGCUAUAUGCAUUAUGGUCAGUUUUUGCUGGAGGAGUCACGGCUUUUGGAGGCCGCUGAAAUGGCAGAGAAAGCGGCCCAGUUGGACAGUGAAGAAUUUGAUGUGGUUUUCAGUGCAGCUCACAUGCUCAGGCAAGCCAGCCUCAAUGGUGCUGCUGAGAAGUACUACAGACAAGCAGCCAACCUGAGACCCAAUUAUCCCGCAGCCCUCAUGAACCUCGGAGCCAUUCUCCAUCUCAACGGCAAACUCCAAGAAGCGGAGGCCAAUUAUCUGCGAGCCUUGCAGCUGAAGCCGGAUGACACCAUCACUCAGUCCAACCUGCGGAAGCUGUGGAACAUCAUGGAAAAACAGGGCUUGAGGACCAUGGCUCCUUGACUUGGACAUAUUUGAUGGAGCACCUUCACUGAGCUUGUUUUCUCUGAGCUCUCGCUAAUGAGAGGUAAUCAGCAUCAUAGGGCUUCAAUCCUGGGUUACCUCACGGGACGAGCAACUACGUCUGGUAAAACCAAUAAUCUAGAACUGUGGAGCUCCCCAGACGUGUCAGAAGUUCUUAACUUGAAGUUGCCCAUAGAUACAUACUUGAAGUCUCAUGAUAAAUUCGAUUUUAAUGAGUUAGUCAAUGCUUAAUAGUCUUGAAGGGCAAUAUUUGCCCUUAGGCUGUAUGAAAUUGCGAAGGAAUGAGAGUGCUACAACCCCCAUGAGGCUAUACUCUGCAUGUACAGUACAUUUCUUCAUUCAUAUGAUUGGAAUCAUUAAUAUUUAAUGAGCACAUCAUGGCUGGUGGAAACGCGGAAACAAAAAAUCAUAUCAUCGAAACAUCAACAAAAUAAUGAGAGAAAUAGACCAAACAUGAAAUAAACAUUUCUCACUGUAAAAUACAAGCAUUCUUUGUGUCAAAAUGAUCGAUUUGUGAGGUUGUAGACUUAAUGACACUGUACAUAGUAGCACGGAUGAUAUGUGAAGUUUGCGGUAUUUUUUGCGAAUGCAUUUGCACGUUCCAUCAACGUUCCAUCGAUCCAGACACGCCUGCUCACGACACUAGAUCAUUUUUUGGGUUCAAGAAAUUGGAUCCUUUUGAUUAAUCUUGCCAAAAAUGAUAGGAAAACAGGAAAGGAACAUUCGAUAAGCUAUAUAUAGCCUGAAGGAAAUGUUAGAAAUUGAACUUGCAAGCUCUCUUUGCCUUACUUUGCGAAAAUCUGUUACUUGUUGCAUUGCUAAUAUAAGAUGGGGAUGGAAAAUGUUCACUUGUUAUAAAAUCACAUUCAGCAGUGUGUUAAUUCACAGUUACAGUACACUACCAUUCAAAAACUUGGGGUCGGUAAGAAUUAUUAUUUUUAUUUUUUAAGAAAUUAUUACUUUUAUUCAGCAAGGAUGAUUUAAACUGGUUGAAAAUGACAGUAAAGACUGGAAAGAUUUCUAUAAAAAUAAAUGCUGUGCUUUUUAUUCGUCAUUUAAAAAUGUAACACUGUUUUCAUAGAAAUAAAAUACUGUUUUCAAGAUCGUUAAUAAUAAGAAAUGCUUCUUGAGCACCAAAUCAGCAUAUUAGAAUGAUUUCUAAAAGAUCAUGUGACACUGAAGACUGGAGUAAUCAGUCGGGUCAGCAUCAAAUUUAUUUUACAUUUUAAUAAUAUUUCACUUAAUUACUGUGUUUUUACUGUAUUUUUGAUCAAAUAAAUGCAGCCUUUGUGGGCACAGGAGACCUUUUUUUUUUCAAUAAAAUCCCAAAUUUUUGAAAGGUAGUGUGUUUAUUAGAUCUGAACUUUAGGAUCGGGGACAUUGAUCCGUUCUGCUGGCAGUGUCCUUUGACUGAAUUGGUUCAACAGACUGGUAACUUCUAACCAAAUACAAAUCCUCUCACUUAUUGCACUCAUCUAACAAUAUACAGCUAUAGUUUUGUAAGGGAUUGUUUAUAUGUAAUGUUGGUUUAAUAUUUUUCUUCUAUGUUCGAGUGUGUAAAUGGAACCUAAUAUAUAAAAUGACACGUUACACAGUGUGAUGUUGUUGCUCAAACACAGAAAAAAGUGAGUCAGAAUCAUUAUAUACAAUUACUUGUUUAGAAUUGUUUGGUUCAUUCUGCAAUUACUUCAUAAUUGUCUUUGCUCAUCCUUAAUUGUUUCUGAUUUCCAACUUUGUAUAUGUAGUGAGUAGGAAUAAUUGGUGAUCCCACCAAUCAAUUUGUAAUUUUUUUUUUAAGAAGGAUAUUUUGUGAUAUGAGCCAUGUCACGAUCACGUCAAAUAAUGAACUGUUUUGACCCAAAAAAUGAAAUUCUGUUGUUUCUCGCCCUCAAACCCAUUCUGUUGAACACAAGAAAAACUAAAAAGUUAAGAAAAAAAUGGUGGAUCUGUUCAAUUCAAUUACAGUGGAAGUUUUCAAUCUUCAAAAAGAACAAAAAAAAAAAGCGCCAUAAAAGUUUUAUUUAAAGUAAUUCAUAGUGGUUUUUAUUUUAACUUAAGUUUUCAGUUAACUUUAAUAAACCUGUCUGUCAUGUACAAUACUCCAUAUUUUCUGAAGCUAUGCUAUAGCUUUGUGUGAUAAAUUAGAAUGUCUUAUAAACUUCUUAUUUGAUUCUUUAGCUAAAUUUCAGUCCCUAGUUCAUUGCAAUAGCAUGGAAAUGAGCAACCGAGGGUGACAAAAUUACAGAAUUUACAUUUUUGGGUGAAUGAUCCCUUUACAGUCAGAUGGCUGAGUCAGUAUUAACUUAUUCCAUUUUGUGUGGUCUUGAUGGGAACAAAAAAAAAGCAGCUGGCUCUGUAUUAUAUGUCAAGUGUAUAAAAUAUUUCUGAUUUAAGAUGCCCUUUUUAAAUAUAUUUUUAAGCUGAAUUAAUUAAUCAAUUUGUUUCAAUGAGGCCUCUGUAAUGGAAGCAUUUUCAAGGGAAUAAACCCAGAAUUUGUGAUGCAUUUGUCUAGACAGUCUCUCAGACAAACCGGUUUCUUCACAUUUCUGUACUUCCAUUGUCUUCUAUUUCAUCCCAAAGUUAAUGAAUCGAAAUGCAAACAAUUGCCAAUAGCAUUUCUAAACUAGAACUGGACAUUAUGACAUAAUCAUGCAGUAAAUUAAAAGAAUAGUUCGCCCACUUUAAAAUCUGGCAAUUAUUUACUCGCCCUUAUGUCAUUCAAAGCUGACUUUUUUUUAUCCGCAGAACACUGAAUAAGAUUUUAAAGAACAGCUUUGUGACAACAUGAGAGCGAGUAGGAGAAAUUUAGCAUUGAAUCACUUCAGAAUGAAGUUCUGUCAGAAUUAAAGUAAUCCACAGUCCGUCAAUUAACAUCUCGUGAAGCAAAAGUUUGCAUGUUUGUUAAAAGCAAAGCCUUUAUUAAGAGGCUUUUAACUUCAAAACAAAUACAUUUUCAGUCGGAUAUUCUGAAAUAUUCCUUUUAAUGCACAAAAACACCACUGAAAUAGCAUAAGACAGGAAUAACAGACCUCCCAUAGUUCCUCAUAGUUAGCACAUUACCAUAGCAAACCAUUUGUAAUUGUAUUCAGUCUCAGUCAUAAGUGAUUGUGUCUUGUCUGUCCUCCACAGUGUAAGUUAUCGGCGUAGUUUCUAGUGGUAUUAGUUGCUACUGCAUUCUUAGCUGUACCCAGUGUGUCUGUUAAGAUGUUCACAUGGACUCACACGAUGCAGACUUACAUGUCUAAGACACCUGCACCUGUACUGUAGACGUGAGUGUUGAAGUCUUUCCUCAGGGAUUUAGAGAGGUGGUGAUAUCGACGUUGGUGCUCUCAGAGCAGAGAAAGAGUUUACUCUAAAAAGGUUUUUUUUUUUUUUCUGAACAGUGUUGCAUAUGUGUAAAUUAUCAAGAUUUGUAGCCUUUCUUUCUUCUGUUUUUGUAUUAAGACUGACGUAUGUGCCAGAUAAGACUUUUCUCAAUGUCACGUUUUUCCAUAAUAAAGUACCCGGUGUUCUGCUCUCUU